UCCACUGGUGCCGCUGGCUGGAGAUUGACCAAUCAGAGCGCUCCUCGCCGUUCGUCACAGGGAAAUAAAAGUUGUAAAAGCGCGUGUGCGCGCGCGAGGGCAGAGGCGCGAGACGCGGUGCAGGGAAAACGUCAAGACGAUACCGGAUAUUUCCUUCAGACAAGCAGACCUCGUUACUCUCAUUUAUACGGUCAAACCUUUAAGGGAAAGGAUAUUUUUAUUUUUUGUUACGGAAUUUAUCGAAUGAACGAUAAAGAGAAUGAGUUUACAGUCAUUUGUCUUUAAACGCCGUAUCGCAGCUGUCUUCAAAUACAAGUUCUGUCGUUUAUUUAACCUUUUUGGACUCAAGUGUUGUUAUUGAGGGAUUUUUUUUUUUUCAUUUCGGAAUGACGGAAAUCAGCGAAAAAGAGAAUGAGCCUCAGAACCGGGACUUUAACCAGCAAACCACCAGCCAAACAGAAUCAAAGCUGCAGCGCCUGAAGCGCUCCCUGUCCCUCAAAUCCGUCAUACGCAGCAAGAGCGUGGACAACUUUUUCCAGCGUAGCAAUGGCGAGUCAAAGCCAUCCUCAGCCCUCAUCACUGCACCGCCACCGCCGUCCCCUCCUCCCUUCUCAGAGUCCCCUUUAGGCUACGAGCGCUCUCCUUCCUUAUCUCCCUCUGUCAGUCCUAACCCGUCACUGUCGUCACAUUCCCCUUCCAUCAGUCCUUCACUGUCUGGAAAACUCAAGAUCCAGCUGAAGUCUCAGACCAAGCUAUUGCAGCCAGGCAAGACCCACUGUUUCCAGGAGCAUGUCUUCCGUAAGCCUACCAGCUGCCAGCGAUGCAAGCAUAUAAUCCAAGGAAACUCCAAGCAAGGUUUGCGCUGUAAAGCCUGUAAGCUGGCAGCUCACCUCUGGUGCUCGUCUGAGCUCUCCCAGCAGGCCUGUAAUGGCAAGGCUGGAGCUUUUAAGAGAAACUUCAGCUCUCCUCUGCUGUCCAUUGAUCCACUGGGUGUGGUCAGAGAGGCUCCUGCUGCCCAGGAGGCAGACAAUGUGAUCGUUGAUCCAGUGUAUGAGGCUCUGCGCUAUGGCACAUCGCUGGCUCAGAUGAGUCGCUCCAGCUUUGGCAGUGUCUCCGAGUCUCCCUGCCACGAGACAGAAAAACUUCAGGAAAAACUAGAAAACCAGCCUAUUGCUGAGGAGGAGCAAAUUCCAGGAAUGCUCACCCCUCCUGAAAGCGAGAAAGCUGAUUCAGAAGACAGGGUCAGCCUGAAGACGCCCAAGCGAGUGCCGGUUCAUUCUCUCCACACUUAUGUGGCGCUCUACAAGUUUUUGCCCCAGGAGAAGAACGACUUGGAACUACAACCUGGAGACAGAGUUCAAGUUACAGAUGACUCAAAUGAAGAUUGGUGGAAGGGGAAAAGCGGACACAAGGUGGGAUUUUUCCCUGCUAACUUUGUGCAGCGGGUACGCCCAGGGGAGCGGGUGUGGAAGGUCACUGCCGGUUUCCAUGGCAACCGAGACAAAGGCCAGAUGACUGUAAAAGAAGCCCAGAUUUGUGUUGGUAAAAACGAGGACAUUGACGGCUUCCUCCGGCUAAGCAGCGGAAAGAAGCGAGGCCUGGUUCCUGCGGAUCACCUGAUAGAAAUAUGACCGAGGCGAACCUCUCCUUGACCUUUUAUCUGAUAUAGGAGUUUGCAUUGAUGGAGGAUCGCUCAGCACUCCACUGACGACCGUCCACCUCCAGCUCUCCAAAAAACACGGCAGUAACUUAGCAGCUUGAGUGGAUGAGAGCGCGCGGCUUCGCUUUCCGCUGCAGCAGACUAAAGAGAACUUGAGACGCGAUGGAGCAUCUUCACAGCUACUUUCCUGUAGCACAACGUCACUUUUUUGUGUAAGAGAAAUGUAGCAUCGGAUUGAAGAGGCGUACAAGAAGGCCGGUUACCUCACUUAGCCAUCUUCACUGGCCAAUAUUGUGAUAGCAUGUUAAACAUUUGAGUCAGAAGUGAGCAGCCUGUGUUCAUCUCACUGUUUGUGCAGAGAAAUCCACACAUGCUGAUAAUUGUUCUUGCUUUUGCAAACACCUCUAAGCUAAAAAGAUGCUAUAUUUGUGUGUUUUUUUUCUCUGUUGAUCAACUCGUGCACGUUUAAUGCUGUAAAACAUAAUAUGCAUCCAUGUCACUUCAGUAAAUCAGGUAUUUAUCUGCAUAAAAACACAAUCUCUUCAGUUUUGGUCUCAAGAAAGUCAAACUUUCUGAAGCAAACGUUUAAGAUUUAAAAAUAAUAAGCAUACUAGGAGUUUUUAUAGUGUAAGAUGAGAAAACACAAAAGAAAUGAACACACAGGACAUGUAUUUUCCCCUUCACGGUGACAUUUGAAACCUGCCCCCUGUCGCGACACCCCGACUGCCCUUCAUCUGAAACGUGUCCUGUUACAUUGUGUGUAUUUUUAACAACUUCAAUGAUGUGAAACCAGCGAGAAAAGAAAUAGAGCAAGAGAAAAAUAAGACAAUUCAGCUGGAUUUUUUGGGAGAUUACUUUUUUUUUCAACUUUUAAUUUUAAAAAAGCAAUUUACCAAACAAAAAUCUUUCAAAUUGCUAAAUUUAGGUCUGGGUGAAAAGACGGUAGAAAGCUCAAUCGCCAUACUCUACACAAUCUACUGCUGUAUCAAAUAUACGGAAGCAACAAUGCAAUGGCAAUAACUGUAUGCACAAACAACUAACUGUAAAUAACCGUAAUAAAUGACUGUACAUAUAUGUCUGCUCUAAACAAUACUCCAAUAGGUCUCAGGAGCCGACUGAGGGCAUUACUUCAUUUUACUGUUCCACUUGUCUUAAUUAUUUAUUCUAUUUAUUUAUGCUUCUGUUUCCUUGAAUAUUUUUUGUCCACACAACUCUUUACAGAUACUAUGCACAGCAGCUUUUGCAUUGCACUUUUUUUUUUUCAACCCACAGCAAGAUUGGAAGUUGUGUUUCUGUUAGCGUUUGUUCUUGAAUCAGUCCACACCACGCUACUUCAGAACAUUAUACUCAGAGUAGAAGCUGGAUCGGAUCAGGAUCAGUAUGAUAUCUUCACCUCUCUGCACACUGCCUGGCUAGUUCUCUGCAUGGGUAGCUGCCUGGUGAUCUAACUCAAUAAAAUCAGUUAAUCUCUCAA